AUGUUUGGAAAUGGGACAAACAAUAAGAAUAAACGAAAGUCCUACUUCUUUUUUGGGAAUGAAAAUAAACCUUCUGAAUCUGUUCACAAUACAACUAAAGCUAAUACUGUAACUACAUCUAAACCACUGAAGCCUAAAUCAUCCCCUACAGGGAAAAUUACUGCAAAUAAGUCACCCUUAUCUGCCUCAAGAAAUGUGUCCACUGCAGGAAGCCAUUCCAAUCCAAAUUUAUCUGCCGCUACUAAACUUAAGAAGCCAUUGGAUUCAACACCACUACGAAAUACCAACCCAUUUUUGGAGCGCCAAGAAACAAAUACUUCAUCAUUAUAUUCUCUAGCUGACCGUGCGGAUCCACUCGUUUUACCACGAGGGUCCACCCCUUGUAAAGACUCCCGAAAUCCAUUCUUAGACAGCAUGUCGGAACCAGGUCAAUCUCAAGGGCAUCCAGCAAGGGCAAGACGUCGACCUCCACCUCCUCUUGACAUGGAACUAGUUAAAAAUGCGACCCAAGAGAUUAAACUAGAACAAGAUCAUAACGUAUCUGAAUUAACUAAACUUUCAAUAAAUUCAGAAAAUACCACAACUCAAGAAUCCCGUUUAAAGUCCGAUUCCACAAUUCAAGCUGAGCCAGUACAUAAACCAUAUCAACAACAUGUAAGGCAGCGAUCAGAAGCAGAAAAAUUGGAAGAUGAUAUUGAUGCAUAUAUAAUUCAGCACAGCAGAGAGCAAUCUGUUAAACUGACCCCACCGAGGUCUAAUAGUUAUACAAGUGAUAAACAAUUUAGAAUUACCAAUAGUUCCUCUAGCAAUGACAAUAUCCCAGAUUUACGUCCGUGGACGGAUACUUCAGGUGAUAUGAUUACGCCAGAAUAUCCACUAAUGUAUACACCUCACUUUGCUUCUGCCGAGGAUCGUAACGACCAUGAUAUAAAGGAGAAACCCCUAGAGGAUGAUACAGAUAGAAAUAAGGAUAGGUUCUCAUUUACGACAUCGGUAAGUGAAAAGUCAGUACGAAGUAUACCGAAUGGGGCUGUUAACCUAAAGGUCCAAAAUGAUUCGCCGAUUUUGCCAGCCUCAACACCUGCCAUCAAGGACCUACCCCCUGAACAGAUGCAUAUGUUGAAUGAUGAUGAAAAUUCAAUUCAACAAUCGGAAGAAAACAUUGUACUAAGAAUAGCAAAUAAUGAUUUGACUAAGUCCGUGUCCAAUAAGCCAGAAGAAGAUUCGUAUGACGGAAAUCCAUCUAGAUCGUUUACAAAAAUGUCUACUGCAAGCUCCAGCUCGAAUUCAAGUUCUGCUUUUCUCUCACAUAAAGACGAUAUAAAUCAACGAGAUGAGAGCUUCGAAUCUGAUGACGAACAUAGACAAUUUCGAGUGGUAAACGAAGAUCGACCUAAUUUUUAUAUGGAUGGAGAUGAUUCUAUGACGAUGGAUAAUGAAGAUAAACAAACAGUAAAUACAGAGCACUCCUCUGCUAGUUCAUAUAACUAUGAAGUUGCACCCAAAAAUACUAAGGGACUGAAAAUCGAUGGACAACACACGCAGGAUGAUUCUAGUAGUAUCUCAACUAAUCCUUCAAUUAUGAACAAUAUUCCCACUUUGCUAUCUUCAGAGCAUGCAAGUCUAACUAAUACGCCUAUACUAAAUAAAGAAGAAAACCUUGGAUCACCCCCUGUUAAAUUACAAGUCAAUACAGAUACACCUGCCUUGUCGGCAUCUCUAAGCACCCCGAGUAAAAGAAGUCUUAACACUACAAUAACAUCUCAAUCAUUACCAUCCCCUAAAGCUGAGAAGAUGGGGACAUUAGUGUCGAGUUAUGUUGAAGAAUUACGAUUAAAAUAUUACAAGACAUCUAACUUUUUACAAGCUCCACCAAACUUACCGUCAUCAUUAAAGCAGAAGAAUAACAUAAUUCAACCUAAGAACAUUAGAGUUAGAAUCAGAACAAGUUCCAAACAAAUUGGUAUAAAGCAUGGUAAAGUGAAGCAAAAACUAUUGACAUUGGAGACCACCAAUGAAGAGAGCAAUGAUUUAAAUGGUACGAAACUGAAUGUGGAUCAUACUAAGGAAUUCCAUAAAUUACUAAAUAAAGAAAAUAGUCUCGAUGGUCCAUCCAAUUCAAGUAUUGUAAAAGAUGUUGAUUUUGAGGAAGACUUUAUGAAAGAAAUUCCCGGUGAUGAGGCUUAUGAUAGUGAUGAUGCCAUGGCGCCAUUAAGAGAAAAGAAGAAAAAUAACAUUAAUAAUAAUCCUUCAAAAAUUUCAAGAAAUAAUACCGUUGUUAGUUAUUAUACUAAAAAAUUAAGAAAAAAUGGCGCUGCUUCUGGCAAUGAUUAUGCGGCAAACCAUGAAUUACCCACGGAUAUACCACUAGAUGAUUACAAGGAAAAACAAUCCUUUAGUUCUAACAAGCCGGAAAGGAGUGAUUCGACAGAUAGUAAUGAUUCAAAUAUCCUAGAUAUGGAAUAUUCUCUCGGUAAGGGUUUACAUGUUGCUAAUCCUGAUUCAGACUAG